UACAGGAAGUGGACUGUCAGUCUUGCUGUGUCCUUGUUAGCUUAAGAGCUAACUGGCUUCCAUAACAGGCAAGCAAAUGUGUACCAUUUGGAAAGAUGAAUUAAGUUGUACAUAAAGAGUGAGUUUGAAACAGAUUUGUGUUUACCCGCUGUUGCUAACAGCACCAUGCUACGUGUCGGGGAUAAAGCUGCCUGCAUGGCCUGCAGGAACCUGGUCUCCACCAACAUGGGGGUGAGAUUUCGAGUGCCGCUGCAGAAGCUGCACCCUCUGUCCCGUGCCAUCCACCACCGUUACUCUGGAAACAGCAACCCCCAGCGGCCCCCUCAUCGCGCAGCAGCGCGCUACUUUACCUCCAUGUCACGGUUGCCCAUGCGGCCCCCCAAGCCUCCCCCAGGGUCUGGGGGCCGGGGCCACCAGCAGCAGCGUAACUUCUGGGCGAUUCGUCUCGCUGCCCGACUGCUGAAGCUCCGAUACAUUCUGCUCGGGUCGGCAGUGGGAGGAGGUUAUACUGCUAAAAAGACUUAUGAGGAGUGGAAGGAUAUGCUGCCGGAUUUUAGUGAAUACAACUGGGUCAUUCCCGAUUUCGUCUGGGAACUGAGUAACCAAAUUGAUCUUGAUAAACUGACCAAAGCUCUACCAGAGAUUGAAGAAAUAGUCAAACUUCUACCUGACUUCGACAAGAUAGGCGAGAACUUCUCUUUCCUCAAAAGCCUCUUGUCCUCGGGUGUGAGUUUGGGUAGUGAAGUCAAAGGAGCUUCUGGUCUGCAUCUGUUGUUAGAAACGACAGGCGAUCCUCCAUUAAAGGCCACAGAUUCUUCUGCUGCAGCCAAGCAAGAUGCCAGCGACAAGCAAUAUAAAAAG